AAAAGACAAAUCAAAUACGCUUAGAAGUGUUUGUGUCACUGUCGGAGUCGAAUGUACCUACGCAUUCAAAUCUUCAUUCUUAAAAUAUGUAAAUUUAAAACUGUUUGGAAUGUCUAAAGACGUACUAAAUAAAUAUUGUACAGAUAAUCAAAAGUCCAAAACUUUGUCAAACAUUCGAGCAGACAGUCAAGAUUAUGAUAAAAAAUUACUGUCAAAAAAAGCGUGGUUGCAAAAAGAUUCAAAUUUCAAUAAAACCGAAACUGAUAAUAUUUGUAGUACAGAAGUAAUUUCCCGUUCUAUAAAUAGGCUUUUAAAAAAUGAAAAAAAAUCUAGACCCACAGCGAACCCGACUAAAGUAUGUUUAAAACCGGAAGUUUUACAUGAAUCUAAAGAACAGUUUGCACAAAGAAUAAAACAGGCUUGGAUAGAUCGGGAACAGUCAAAAUCAUGUAUUAAUAUUUAUUUGGCUAGAAAUGUUAUCGAAGACCCUUUGAUGGAAUCUAUAGAUCAUGUUCAGGAGUCUUCAAUACAAGAAGAGGAAAAGGACCCUAGUCGAACGGCGUUGGAAGUACAACUCCAGAACCAUGCGGGAGAAGGUGAAAAUUCACCAGAAGACUCUAGCGAGGAGGAAAAACCUCUUUCGGCUGCCGCGAGAAGAGUUAGGUUUUACAAGACUGCGAAACAACAACAGAACGAAAGACAAACUUUGACGAGAGCAAUGUCGGCGCCUUCGUCGAGACAACAAAGCGUGCACCCUACACAAGAAUUUUAUUCGGGAAGUUCACGGAGAAAAUCUCAAGAUGUUCAUAGAUUCCCGACCAGGAAGCUGAAAUCUUGUAGGAGUAAAGCUUUCCAUAAAAGCAUUGAUGUGGAUAGUCGUAUGUCAAAUGGUCAAAAGUUUGGCAAAAAAAAUCAAAAUGUAGAAGUGGUAACGAUGAUGUCACUUUUAAGUCCAGUUGGAAGUGAUGUAGAGGAAUCACCAACACCGGAUGACGUAUCCACAAAAACCGUUACCUUUCCUCAAUUUAAUAACAGUAUGCGUUAUCAUCAAAAAUCAUUUGAUAGCGCAAUGACAUCGAUUGGAAAACCAAAACUUCUCAACAAUCGUGUUGGAAAAUCAUUGAUUAAAUCCAGAACAAUAGAGAUAACAAGGGAUGAUGAUGAAGACGACGGGCCAGUCGUAAAAGAAGUAGUCAUUUCUAAACGUGGAGACGGUGACGACGACGACGAAACGCUGCAGGACAAAGAAAUCGCACAGAUCGACGUCCGCUGCGACGUACUCGACGGCCAACCUAUGCUCAAGUCCGACAAAGAGAAAGAAUGUUGGGCUCUUUUCAAGAAAAUGACAGCCAAAGGAGUGUCCGUCACUUUUGAUACCGUAUUGAGAGGAAUGUUAACACCGACUGAAUAUAGACUGAGAAAAAGCGAACUCCUGUUAUUUGGAUAGACAUACGCAAUUCGCAUACACUUUACAUAUCACCUACAACCUAUAUAAAUAUUACAUCGAUAUCGUUACAUGCAAUCGCAGUCAUAUAGCCGACUACGAAGUUCCUAUAUACAUAUUAUUUUAUAUUAUCUUCGGCAUACCGACUUGCAUCGUCUUCGUCGUAUAAGCUUAUUUAUACUAUUACACAUUAUACGCGGUAAUAACAAAAUAUUGAUGUAUUAUAGCUAGGUUUAGGGCCUGCUGUACGGGGUAAUAAGAACAAGGCGAAGAACGUCGCCGCGAACAUAAUAUUAUAAUAUUAGAUUAUGUGGCUGUUGCAUUCGCGUUGUUAUAUUAUGUACUUUUGUCCCAUGUCGUCGUAGGCCCUAUAAAUAUUAUAUUACCAUAAUUUGUUUAAUCGUCCGGGGAGACACAUAGGGCAAAGUAAUAGAAAAUAAAAAAUGUUAUAAGACGCAUAAUAUAAGUGACCGUAAGUAUACCCUAUUACGCAUUAUACGACAUAAUAUUUAUAAGCAAUACGCACCACCGCGGAGACACUUUAAUGUUAAAUUAUUUUUCAAUGUAUUAUACCUACGCAUGCGGCUGUUAUUAAAUGUUAAACUUACAUUCGCGUAUUAUUAUAUUAUAAUAACGUAUACAUUAUAUAAAGUUGUACUCCAGCUAUAAACAUCAAACAUAUAUUAUACAUACAACAUACAUAAUAUUGUACGUAGAGUCGUAGACUGCAUCGUGAUGAUUAUGAUGAUAAUAAUAAUGGUAGCGUUUGCUUACUUCUAUACUACCUGUGCCCAUAAUAUACCUUAUACACUACACCGGUACACCAUGCAGGUUUUCAAUACAUAAAACGAUCGGACAGAUGGUGGGAGAGCAGUGAAAAUAACGCAUACGUAGUCCGGUGACGGUCUGGCGGUCUCAACUCCCAGAACGAUACCGACAGAAGUGGCAGAACCGUACGGACGGCAGGUCGAACGACAGAUUUGCGAGUUCGAGCGCGCGCGUAUGUGUAAUAGAAAUAAUAAUAAUAUUAAUAAAAUAUCAACUCGUAUUCAUAUUAUAUUGUAUUAAUUUUAUCUCCGUCGAGUUUGUCGUUAUUUCACGGAUACGUCUUCUAAGUGUUGUUAACUAAUAAUAUAAGAGUAUAUUUUUUUUAUCGUCAAUAAAACAAAAAAAA